AUCUACCAUUGCUAGAAUUGGCUAUGAUUUUGAUAUGAAAUAUUUAAAAAAACUGCGACGAAAACUAAAAGGAAAAUAAUAAUUUAUAAGCAAAUAAAAUUAUACUUACAUAUUAACAACAACUUAUUGAUUUGCUCUUAAGCCAAUAUAUUUACAUAAAAAUAUAAACACCCUAUCAAUAAUACUAAAAGUUCUGUUUAGUUCUGUUUAAUACAAACUUAUGAAAUAAAAUUUAUUAUUCAGUAAAGCAGAACUUCGAUAUGGCCACUCCUACACCCGAAACCCCUGAAAAUUUUGAUCAAUUUGACGAAGAAGAAUCAGAGCAACAACUUGGAGCAACUCCUUCUGGACGAAAACGUCUAUUUAGUAAAGAGCUCCGUUGUAUGAUGUAUGGCUUUGGUGAUGAUCAGAAUCCAUAUACAGAAAGUGUUGACUUUUUAGAAGAUUUAGUUAUGGAAUUUAUUACAGAAACAACACACAGAGCCAUGGAAGUUGGUAGAACAGGUAGAGUACAAGUAGAAGAUAUUAUAUUUUUAGUUCGUAAAGACCCACGGAAAUAUGCCCGUGUUAAAGAUCUGCUCACAAUGAAUGAAGAACUUAAGAAAGCCAGAAAAGCAUUUGAUGAAGUUAAAUAUGUUGAAGAUCAACAAUAACAAUUGUGGCGCAACAACCGACGCUAUGCUACUAAGAUUGAUAAUAAAUAUCAAUAUAUAUGAAUGGAAGUAAAUGGGACAAAAUGGACUGCUGAAAAUUAUUCAGGGUAUUCCUACUAUAGACCUUGAUACUACAUUAUAAAAAUUAGUUUAUGCACAAUGAAUAAACAGUAAUGAUGCUCAAUUAAAAAUAGUCUAUUUUUCAACAAUUUUUUAUUUAUAUCUUUUAUCCGACAAUAAUUCAGUAUCUCAUAAUAUUUAUAACUACAACUGUUUAAUGAAUGAAAGUAUAAACUUACAUCGUUGUAUUAUUUUUAUUACGUUCCUAACGAUUUAUUACCAUUUAUUAACUAAAUAAUAUAAAACAUAUAUUUUUUAAAAACUUUAUUGUGUGCGUUACAAGACGAGACAACAAAAAUCAAAUUAGAUUAAUUCUAAUAUACAGAUCAAAACGUAAAAUUAAGUUAAUAUGCUUUAUUGUCUUUAAUCAAACAUAACUGUAAGUAAAAUUAUAAAAUACUUGACACAAAUAAUAACAAUCAAUGAUUAUCUUAAUAUUUAGAAUCUGGUCAACGAAAUCACAAGUCGUUUUAAAUAUGUGAUAAAACUAUGUGGAAUUACAACAUUAGUGUUUCUAAUAUCAUUUGUAUAUAAAACUUCAACGAAAUGUUCACAUUUCUGACGACUAGACUAGGUGUUCAAAAAAACAUCCGGAAGUCUAAACUUUGGUUUUAAAUAUAUGUCACUCACAACAGUUUAUUUACUUUGUCUAUUUAUAAAUCUAAUGAUAAUAAAUAGGCCAUUUAUGGCAGUGAAUUAGUGAAGACUAAUAAAUUAUUUAUUAAUAGUUUUCUAAGCAACGUGCUAAGGUAAUUCAGCAAUAUAGCAAUAUAAUUACGCAUAAA